AUGUCAUUGAAUGACACCAAGGCUCUUCUUGAUCAGAGCAAAACCGAAAGCAUAUAUGGGUUUGUUUAUGCUAUCAUGGUGUUUGCUUUAGAAAGGUUUGGUGAAUUAGCCGAUGAGUUCAAAGAUCAGUUGUCGAUGAUUUAUCUACGGGUUUUGUGUAUUUGUUUCCAUGCGGUCGCCUACAACCGUCCGGACAAAUGCUUUAGGCAACUCGGACUGAAGAAAUUAGAGUUGCAACGUCUAUCGAGAAGCAAGAGUAAACAUAAAAAAGUUAAGUUUAGCCAACAUAAAGGACAAGAUUGGCGAGUUGUGCUUCUGUUGUACAGAAACGUGAAUGAAGAGUGGGAUAACCGCCAUAACUAUUCUGUGAGAAAAUUUGAAGCUCCACAGCAGGGAAGACAACCUCCAUCUCAUGCAAGCUCAAGUCAUCAUAUCAAUGACACUACAACUGAUGAUGUUGAGCAGCCACCCCAAAAUUCCCCUUCUCAUGAAGUAGUUAAAGAAGAGCAACAGUCUCGUCAAGAAGACGAGGAGGACGAGGAGGACGAAGAGGAUGAAGAGGACGAAGAGGAGGAGGAGGACGAAGAGGACGAAGAGGAUGUUGAGCCACGGCCUGAUGAUGUUGGGUCAUAG